AUGAAUUUUAUCAAGAAGUGUUGGACAGAAGUUGGGAAGGAAUUCACGGAUGCAGUGAUGGGGUUCUUCCACUCAGCAUUGUUACCUGCAAGGUCGAAUGUCACGUGGGUGGCGCUGGUACCAAAAUUCGUUGGAGCUACAGAAAUAAAAGAUCUUCAUCCGAUUAGUAUGGUGGGUUGUGUCUAUAAGGUCAUUUCUAAGGUGUUGGUUCGGAGGAUACGGAAAGUAAUGCCAAACUUAGUAGGUGAGACUCAGAGUGCUUUUGUGCAGGGUAGGAAAACUCACGAUGGGGCUUUGAUAGCUUGUGAAACUGUACAUUGGCUAAGGUGGCGGGGGUGGAUUAAGGAAUGUGUUUGUUCUGCGACUAUGUCAGUGCUCAUUAAUGGAUCUCCCUCUAAGCCAUUCAAAAUGGAAAAGGGCCUGCGAAAAGGGGAUCCUUUAUCUCCCUUUCUAUUUGUGCUCGUUGUUGACGUACUUCAUAGAAUGAUCGGGGAGGCGGUGAGGAAUGGGUGCAUAUCACUGUUGUUGGUUGGACGGGAUAACAUCGAGUUGUCACACUUACAGUUUGCGGAUGACACUAUCCUUUUCUGCCCUCCAGAGGAAGAGACCAUACGGAAUUACCAGAGCCUACUGCGAUGCUUCGAGCUGAUGUCUAGGUUGAGUAUCAAUUUUGAGAAAUCCAGCUUCAUUUCGGUUAAUUGUGAAUAG